CGGCGGCUCCGCCUCCUCCCCCCGCUGCUGUGCUCUGGAUGGACCGUACAUUCCUCAUACUCCGGGUCUUGGUAGCAGAGGAACGACGGAGCGAAAACGAGCCGAGGACACGACGGAUUUCUCCCACCUCAUGACACUUCCCAAGGACGCGUAAGGUCAAUGUUGGGUCGAGGUGUGAAGCGGAAGUGGAGCUGCCUGGAGGAGCUGGAGGCCGAGGUGAUGGAGGAGAAGCAGCAGAUCGGGAAGGAGGAGGAGGAGGAGGAUGAGGAGGUGGAGGUGGAGGUGGAGGUGGAACGGGAAGACGAGUUUCUCCCGACCAAACCGGACAUGAGCCACCUGCAGCAGCAGCAGCAGCGGCAGCGGGUGCUGGGCCUCUGCCUGGAGAAGCUGCAGCGCUACCAGGCCGGGAUGGAGCUCAGCCUGCGCCGCUCGGUGCUGCUCAUCAACACGCUCAGGCAGAUCCAGGAGGAGAUGAGGAGCGACGAGGGGGCGAGGGCCCCCGACGCCGUGCGUCCCGACUCCUGCCUCCUCAGGGACGACUUCAGGGAGGACGUGUCGCUCACCUGCCCCGGGUGCGCGGAGGGUGAGGUCGACGGGGAGAAAUCCCCAGAGCUCCCCUCUCAGGAGGUAAACAUUUCCGCGGCGGAGCUGCAGAAGCCGCCGCCUCCGCCUCCGCCUCCGCCCGCCGCGACCGUCACCUCUUUCAGCGAUGCAGUAAACGCCAUGGGCUACCUCAGCGACCUCACCCUGGACGAUAUCUUCGACGACAUCGACACGUCGAUGUACGAGACCUCGGACCUGCCUUCCGCCUGGUCGUCGGGCUCUUUGUGGCCCGUCAGCGUGUCGCUGUGGCCGGACGAGGACGCCAAAGUGCGCCCGGGCGGCCACUCCUCAGCCGGGAGCCUCCAGUCCUGCCUCUUGGACCUGAACGAUCUGGACCACAUCAUGGAGAUUCUGGUCAAGUCGUGAUCAGCGGAGACAAACCCCUCUGGACAUUUUUACUGCACUUGGAUAAAUCAAGGAAUCAGGAUCGGGAGCCGCUGUUUUUCUCCCGUGAACUUUUUUUAAAGAUUUUUAAGGCUCCAUCUGACAGUCAGGCUCAGGACGGGUUUAUGAGGACGAAUGACACACUAACUGUUGUGCACAUACCUCUUAUAGGAGGGACCAGUCGACGGCUGCACGUGACUCAAGCACCGUGAAACCUCACGUGGUGCGAGUCCAGAAACGAUUAGCGGCAUUAGCUGAUUCAUUGUUUAGAUUUACAAAAAAAAAAAAAAAUCACUCAUCAGUUAAACAGCUACCUAAGAAAGCAGAGUCUAGUCUAUUUCCAAACUGUCUCCAAACGUCCCAUCUAUGUUUUCUAACCGCAGCUUCAAAGCAUUUCAUCGCGCACGCUCAAAAAGAUCCAUUUCUCCUUUUAUAGAUCCACAUCAGUCGCCUCUUAGUGUUAAUGUGCAGUGAGAGCAGAAGCGUCUAGACAAAACGGCGUUGCAACACUCGUCAGGGAAGUGUUACAACGGACGCGGGACGAAUCUUCCUUAUUUUUGUAAAUCUGUAAAUGCAGAUGGAGCCGUAAAAAUCUCGUAUUUAUUUUUUCUCCUUUUGUAAGUUUUAGCAGAAGCAGCUUUCAGGAAGAACUCAGGAAGAAGGAACCUGAGCCUCCGUGGUCUGUUAGAUCAGACCCGGGUUGAUUAUUAAUUGAAAACCCUUCAAUUACUCAAGAGGGCGUGCUUCAGCCGGGCCGGUGGGGGCAAAGGCCUCGGGUUUGUUUUCAGGAUUCAGGACUGAACGGCACCACCUACCCAGGACAUUUAAAAUCUAUAUAUUUAUUCGAAAAGGCCGCCAGUUGUAAAAGCGAGAAAACGAUUCUUAUUUAUGAAUGAAAAGUCCACCACAAACAUAACUUUAUAUGUAGAGUCUAUUGCUGGGUGUGAGUGUAACUUAUGAUUUCUUUUUGACCUUCUGUGUGCAAGAAAUUACAGUUUUUGUUUUGUUUUUUUUUGUUUUGUUUUUUUUUGUCCUCUCGAGGCAGCUCGUAUUUACGGUAAAUCCAACUUGUCAUGAAGGCAGCAGAAAAUAUGUAUUUUAAAUAGAAAUGUUGAUCCCAGUCUGGUUUGCGACCGAGGUUGCGAACGGUUGAGUCCCAAAAAUUGUAAAUGGGCAGCAGACGCCUGUGUGUUUUUAUGGCCUUGAUGGUAUGAAUUUUAUCACUGCUGCUUCACUGGGAGUUUAAAAAAAAAAAAAGAAGACAGUUUUCUAUGUGUUUCUACCUGAGACUCCGACCUCCUGUCCAGUAGACGAGAUCUAAGUGAGCGAGCGGCUGCAUGAAUCUGAUUCUGGAGUGUUUGUGGUUUACUCCUGUUCUACCUCCUGUUUGUUGCUGGUUUACCUGGACACUCCUGUUUAACUCCCGGUGAGCCAGACACAAAGCAUUUUAAACUGAAUAUCCGACCAUCUCUCCUUCUUCUUCUUCUUCUUCUUCUUCUCUCUCUACAACGUGCCUUACUACUGGACCUUUUAUUCUGAAAGCUUCAUCGAUUAAAAACCUGCGAUGAGGUUACAUAAAACCUGCUUCUUCUUCUUCUUCUUCUUCUUCUCUGUUCUUGGCCUUUUUCCCCCCUCUGUGCUCAGUGAGUACUAGAAGCACAUGAGCUUAAUGUAUCCUGACAAGCUGACAGCCAACUCGCUGAGGGAGGAGGUGGCCGUGAGGGCCAGGAGGGAGAAAUAGGAGGAGGAGGAGGAGGAGGAGGAGGAGGAGGGUGGGAGGAAGCAGAAUGCGUCACUCGUUCAUGUAGGAGGAGUUUUGCAGCUUGUUUUCGCCCGGACUCAAACCACCGACCAAUCGCACGAGACGCACGAGCAGCAGCUCCCGACAACAACUUGUUUUUGCUCCUCUGCUCAGACACGCGACGUGAAUCGGUUUGGAUUUGAGAAAUAAUAGUAAUAAAAAAAAAAAAAAAAAAACUUUUACACACUAAGAAGCAGGAAGUUGCAGUGUUAUUUAUACGUGUAUGAAAGUGGGGUCUGUGAAGCACAAACUGUGUGUCUUUGUAUAUGAUAUAAAUGUAACUGAAGGGCGCUGGGUAAUAAGAUGAAAACUCAUGAUGUAUUGUAUUUUUUUUUUUUUUUUUGUGGAAUAUUUUAUAGAUUUUAUCCGAUAAAUAAAGUAAAAAUACUAAAA